UCGGGUUCACAUUCUUACCUGGUGAAAUACCAAAAAUGCCCUUUUCCGACCGAAAGCACCGCCGGAACCAGCGGGCGACGCCGCUCCUCCCCAAGGAGCACGGCGGCGAGUUUGACGGAGCAUCUUUCUUCGGCGCGGUGUUCAAUCUAUCGACCACAGUCGUCGGCGCGGGAAUCAUGGCCCUGCCUGCCACGCUCAAGCAACUCGGCGUGAUUCCGGGUAUGAUCAUGAUCGUAUUGGCCGGCACGUUGACGAGGAAAUCGAUAGAUAUUCUCCUGAGGUUCAGCAAGGCUUCGAAGACUACGUCGUACGCCGGUCUGGCCGGGGACACCUUCUCUGUCGCGGGGCGGACGAUUCUGCAGAUGUGUAUCGUGAUCAAUAACCUCGGGAUGCUCGUUGUUUACAUGAUUAUUAUCGGUGAUGUGCUAUCGGAAACAUGGUCACAAGGGGUGCAUCAUACUGGUGUGCUGGAAGAAUGGUUUGGUCUUCAUUGGUGGACUACUCGUUCUUCGAUAUUGCUCCUCACAACCAUAUUUGUUUUCGUACCUCUGAUUUCAUUCAAGCGUGUUGAUUCAUUGAGUUACACAUCAGCACUGUCUUUUGCCCUGGCCGUUGUGUUUGUGGUGAUCAUAGCUGGAAUAGCUAUUGUCAAGUUGAUAAAUGGAAGCAUUGGAAAGCCUAAAUUGCUGCCUGAACUUGCUGAUCAAGCAUCCUUCUGGAAGCUUUUCACAACUGUUCCAGUACUUGUCACAGCUUACAUUUGUCACCACAAUGUUCACCCGAUAGAAAAUGAGCUAACCGACCCCUCUCAGAUGAAGACCAUUGUGCGGGCAACAAUAGCCCUGUGUACUUUUGUAUACGUGGCUACGAGCUUCUUUGGUUUUCUUCUUUUUGGCAAUGAAACAAUGGAUGAUGUUCUUGCCAAUUUUGAUGGAGAUCUCGGCAUCCCGUUUAGCUCCACGUUUAAUGAUGUUGUGAGAAUGAGCUACGCUGUCCAUUUGAUGCUUGUAUUCCCGAUAGUUUUCUACUCCCUUCGGCUGAAUGUUGAUGGUCUCAUUUUCCCUCACGCCAUCCCUAUCACCUACGAUAAUCGGAGAUUCUUCUCUGUAACUGUUGUUCUCAUGGGCCUCAUCUUUUUGGGAGCAAACUUUGUGCCUACCAUAUGGGAUGCUUUCCAGUUUACCGGCGCCACAGCUGCUGUCACCGUCGGAUAUAUCUUCCCGGCCGCCAUUGCACUCAGGGACACUCGUGGGAUCGCGACGAGCAAUGACAAAAUAGUCUCGUGGAUUAUGAUGCUCCUGGCCAUUUCUUCAAGCUCCGUAGCCAUUUGCAGCGACGUGUACAGCUUUCUGAGUGCUGGUAAAGUAGCUCGGGCAUAGUUCGCUUUCAUGGACAUUUUGUGUCAUCAGCAUUUCAGAAAAUCGUGUAGAUAGAUCCAUACGCCCCGGCCAUUGGUGUCCAUUCCGGCCUUAUAUUUUUAUCCCUGUGAAGUUCAUGGUGAGCGAGCAUGAAUCGCGGUAUAUUUCAUAUGUUGCGGAGUAUUAUAUCUCGGAAAUAAUCUAUAGGUACAUUAAUUUAAAGCUAACAAUGGGGAAGAUUUUUGUAUUCUUGUAAAGAUUGAUAGGAAAUUUAUAACUAUUUAACUCAAUUUUUAGAAUUUAA